GGAAGAGGCAAGAGCGGACGCGCGGGGAGGGCUAGAGAGACGGCGGGCGGCGGCAGCAUGCCCCUGGGCGGGUGCACACGGCCUCUCUUCACGGCAGGGGCUGCUCCUGCUCUCUCUGGGCACCGCGCGUCCAGUCUCCCGCCUCAGCCCCUCGGCUUGCCGGCCUCAGCGGUUGUAUCCGAAACAGCGGCAACUGGUCCCUGGAGCAUCUAAGAGCAGCAGCGCCGCGCGGGACAAUCCUUGAUUUUUAUUUAUUUAUUUAUUUAUUUAUUUUCUGAGCUCGGGGAUAUGAACCCCACAGCCACCUGAAGCACAGGGGGCGCUACGCGGCUAGGACCGCGCCCCCGAAGUACCGUACCCUAGCCUCUGCACUGCGGGACGCCAACACCCGACUCCGGUGGAGGCAUCUUAGGAAGAGCAGCGGGUAGGGGCAUGGAACCCACCGCGCCAACCGAUCAGGCCCGGGCGGCGGCCACCAAGCUGUCGGAAGCAGUGGGAGCCGCGCUACAAGAACCCCAGAGGCAGCGGCGCCUGGUGCUGGUCAUCGUGUGCGUUGCACUGUUACUGGACAACAUGUUGUACAUGGUCAUCGUGCCCAUUGUUCCUGACUAUAUCGCCCACAUGCGCGGGGGAGGCGAGAGCCCUACCCUGGUCUCUGAGGUGUGGGAACCCACCCUGCCGCCGCCCACUCUGGCUAAUGCCAGCGCCUACUUGGCCAACACCUCGGCGUCCCCGACGGCUGCCGGGUCGGGGCGGUCAAUCCUGCGGCCUCGCUACCCCACGGAAAGUGAAGAUGUGAAGAUAGGCGUGCUAUUUGCCUCCAAGGCCAUCCUGCAGCUUCUGGUGAAUCCCUUAAGCGGUCCUUUCAUUGAUCGCAUGAGCUACGACGUGCCGCUGCUUAUUGGCCUGGGCGUCAUGUUCGCCUCCACAGUCAUGUUUGCCUUUGCAGAAGACUAUGCCACGCUCUUCGCUGCGCGCAGUCUACAAGGCCUGGGCUCAGCCUUCGCGGACACGUCUGGCAUUGCCAUGAUCGCCGACAAGUAUCCCGAGGAGCCUGAGCGCAGUCGUGCCCUGGGCGUGGCGCUAGCCUUCAUCAGCUUUGGAAGCCUAGUGGCGCCACCGUUUGGGGGCAUCCUCUACGAGUUCGCGGGCAAGCGUGUACCCUUUCUAGUGCUCGCCGCCGUGUCGCUCUUCGACGCACUCCUACUCCUGGCGGUGGCUAAGCCCUUCUCGGCUGCGGCUCGGGCGCGGGCCAACCUGCCCGUGGGCACACCUAUCCAUCGCCUCAUGCUAGACCCUUACAUCGCUGUGGUAGCCGGAGCGCUCACAACUUGUAACAUUCCCCUUGCGUUCCUCGAGCCCACCAUAGCCACGUGGAUGAAGCACACAAUGGCGGCAUCCGAGUGGGAGAUGGGCAUGGUUUGGUUGCCGGCUUUCGUGCCACACGUGUUAGGCGUCUAUCUCACCGUGCGCCUAGCGGCGCGCUAUCCACACCUGCAGUGGCUGUAUGGCGCUCUCGGGCUAGCGGUAAUCGGAGUGAGCUCUUGCGUCGUACCUGCCUGCCGUUCCUUCGCGCCCUUAGUGGUCUCGCUCUGCGGCCUCUGCUUCGGCAUCGCGUUAGUGGACACGGCGCUCCUACCCACGCUCGCCUUUCUGGUGGACGUGCGCCACGUAUCAGUCUAUGGCAGUGUCUAUGCCAUAGCUGACAUCUCCUAUUCUGUGGCCUACGCGCUCGGGCCCAUAGUAGCAGGCCAUAUCGUUCACUCGCUUGGCUUUGAGCAGCUCAGCCUUGGCAUGGGCCUGGCCAACCUGCUCUACGCACCGGUCCUACUGCUCUUGCGUAAUGUGGGCCUCCUUACACGCUCGCGUUCCGAGCGCGAUGUGCUGCUUGAUGAACCGCCGCAGGGUCUGUACGACGCGAUGCGCCUGCGUGAGGUGCAGGGCAAGGACGGCGGCGAACCUUGUAGCCCGCCUGGCCCUUUUGAUGGCUGCGAGGACGACUAUAACUACUACUCCCGCAGCUAGCAGACCCGCUUCUCCUCCAGGCCACCUAUCCUCCCCAAUUAGGUCAAGAUGGUCAUUCUGCAAGAGCACUGGCCAACUUUGGCUUGGGGCCCACCUCCUCUAAUGAGUACCCUGGCCCGUUCCCACCCCCCCGCCCCGUCCUGAAUUCCUUUGCUGGAAUCCCUUCUCCGUGACCCCUCCCAAUCUAACCCUCUCCCCAAACACACUCGUAUUCAUUGAGGGAUGGAUCAGGGAGGCAUGAGCAGCUAUUGGGCUCUCGGCAGAGGUGAAGAGGUGUGCUGGUCGAUCACCAACCACCCACUGAGAGCCCCCAAGUAGAGUCAUGCAUCUGUUUGUCCUUCCUGCGGAUCUUUCCAGUGCCAAACUUGGUCUACUACACCCCAGUGCCUCCGGCCUGAAUUAAUAAACCAUAUCUGUCU